AUGAGAUCGAGGACCAGCUAUAUAACAGAUUGUCUGGGAAUAGCGCCUUCUUCUUCAUCUUUCUCUAUAAGAAAAUCGAUAACAACAAUGUCACCUGCAAACUACUCAGUUCCACUCUACACUACUUCCAAUGGGUGCCCUGUUAGGGACCCAAAUGCUAUGCUCAAGAUGGGUAAGUUUGGUCCCACUCUUCUCCAGGACCACCACUUGAUUGAUCUUAUUGCGCAUUUCGAUCGUGAGAGGAUCCCUGAGCGUGUUGCUCAUGCUAAGGGAUCUGGUGCUCAUGGGUACCUAGAAGUCACCGACGAUGUUUCUGAUAUAGUUAGCGCAGAUUUCUUGAAUGGUAUUGGAAAAAAGACACCCCUCUUCCUUCGUUUCUCUACUGUCGGUGGUGAAAAAGGUACUGCCGAUUCUGCUCGUGAUCCCCGUGGGUUCGCUAUCAAGUUUUAUACUCAAGAAGGUGUCAUUGACUGGGUCAAUAUCAACAGUCCUAUCUUCUUCAUUAGAAAUGGUGUCCAAUUUCCAUACUUGGUCCAUACUCAGAAGGCUAGGGAUCCCAAAACCAACUUAAAGGAUCCUAAUAUGUUUUGGGAUUUCUUGUUGAACAACCCAGAGUCUGUUCAUAAUACCAUGUUUGUGUUCUCUGACCGUGGUACUCCUUUCUCAUACAGACACAUGCAUGGGUACUCGGCCCAUACUUACAAGUGGGUUAAUAAAGAGGGUAAAUUUCACUAUGUCCAAGUCCACCUCCUCACCGAUCAGGGUAUUAAGAAUUUGAAUAAUGAAGAAGCACACGCUUUAGAAGCUGAUGAUCCUGAUCAUGCGGGCCGUGACUUGUACGAGUCCAUCGAGGGCGGGGAAUAUCCCUCCUGGACAAUUUACAUUCAGACAAUGACUGCCGAGCAAGCUGAACAAGCAGAUUUUAGUGUGUUCGAUCUGACCAAGACCUGGCCCCAGAAAGAGUAUCCAUUGAGGAGAGUUGCCAAAUUGGUGCUAGACAGAAAUCCUGAAAACUACUUCGCCGAAGUCGAGCAAUCUGCUUUCAGCCCUGCGAACACCGUUCCAGGCAUUGAACCUUCCGCAGAUCCCGUCUUGCAGGCAAGAUUGUUCUCCUACGCUGACACACAACGUUACCGUUUGGGGCCCAACUUUAACCAGUUACCCGUCAACCGCCCUCUACAGGCUUACUGUCCUUUCCAAAGAGAUGGUCCGGGUCGUACGGACGGAAAUUAUGGUGCAGUCCCCAACUACCCUAGCUCUUUUGAACCACUAAAUUACAGAGCUGAUGCUUCUAACAAUGAAGCACAUGAGAAGUGGGUUGGUGAGGCAACAUCUUUCCACUGGGGAGCUACAGAGAAAGAUUAUGAGCAACCAAGAAUUUUCUGGGAACUAUUCAAGAACACCGGCCAACAGGAUGCGUUCAUUCAUAAUGUAACAGAGAAUGUCAAGGCCACAAGACCCGAUGUUCAGAAACGUGUUCUGGAAUUAUUCUCAAAAAUCAAUCCUGAAAUCUCUGAACUUAUGUCCCAUUCUCUUGAAACCAAGGCCAAGAGAACCUAA